AUGCCCUUUAAAAGUAUAGCAAAUUCUUGGCUUUGCGAAGGACGCUUGUUAUUCCUCCACGAAGCAAAUCACCCCUUAAACAACUAUUUAUUUCAAAAACAAUGGAAAAGAGGACAACCAAUACUACUCAGUGGAAUUAACAAGAAACUUGACAAAAAUCUGUGGCAUCCGAAUGCAUUCUGUAGAGAUUUCGGAGAAAUGCGGAAUGAUUUAGUAGAUUGUAUGACUGGUGCAGUCAUCAAAAAUCUUCCAAUGAAAAAAUUCUGGGAAGGAUUUCAGAACUUCAGCAAAAGAUUAAAAGACGAUAAUGGUGAAUAUAUGGUGCUAAAAUUGCAAGAUUGGCCUCCUGGGGAAGAUUUCAGUGAAAAACUACCUAGUAGAUUUGAAGAUCUUAUGCAAACUUUGCCAUUACCUGAAUAUACACUGGAUGGUGUUUUGAAUCUUAGUGGAAGGUUACCCCCUUGGUUUGUAAGGCCCGAUCUCGGCCCCAAAAUGUACAUCGCCUACGGUUCAGCCUUAUUCCCUACAAAAGGAACAACAAAUUUACAUCUUGAUGUCAGCGAUGCAGUCAAUGUCAUGAUUUAUGUAGGUAUUCCAUCUGGUAAGAAGGCACAUCUUCAUAUUCAAGGAGCUAUUAAGACCAUCGGUGCAGGAGGCUGUGAUUCCCUAAUGAGAGAAAGAGCUGAACAAUCUGAUGUAGCACCUGAUGUGCUAUGGCACAUAUAUCAUGCCAGAGAUGCUGAUAAGAUCCGAGAUAUGCUGACUAAAGUUGCUGUUGAAAGAAAGAAAAUAUUUGAACCAUACUGUGAUCCCAUCCAUGAUCAGAGUUGGUACUUAGAUGAAGAGCUUCGCGAACGUUUAAGAAGAGAAUAUGAUGUUCAAGGCUAUGCUAUUGUGCAGUGUCAAGGGGAUGCAAUUUUCAUCCCUGCAGGCCCUCCUCACCAGGUUUUAAACCUUCAUAGUUGCGUGAAAGUGGCAGAGGAUUUUGUUUCUCCUGAAAAUAUUGCUCGUUGCAUUAAAUUAACGCAAGAAUUCCGUCAUUUGACAUAUACUCAUACAAAUCACGAAGACAAAUUACAAAUUAAAAAUAUCAUUUAUCAUGUAGCGAGAGAUUCUCUUUUCUCUUGCUCGUUUCCUUCAUGA